AUGUUCAAAAGCGUUUUUUGUACUAUCGACAUUAAUCUCUCGGAGUUGGAAUAUUUAGCUGCACAUUUGGAUCCCUUUGAGUGUCGUAGAUUAGUUGCAGCUCUUCAUUAUAAGACGUAUGAACUUCCUGAAAAUAUCGCUGGGGCAGAAAGAAGAAUUGAUGAAGAUAUCCCAUGUCUCCGUCAGCUCCUCCAUUGGAACAAUUCUCCAUCAGAAGGAGUGGGUGAAACUCACGAAGACCUCGAGCAUCGUCUACGACAAAUAAACCGUCAUGACUUGGCCAACUGGUUGGGUAAAACUGUAUUCAAGGAGCUGGGUACUGAUAUUGAAAAGUCUCUCAAGAAACCCUUCGGUGAGCUCGGUGAGCAGGAAACUGAAACCCAGUUAAGUUUGCUGAGGUACUCCAAGAAGUUUAUUUAA